GGGAGCUCGCAGCCGGUGGCGGCGGCGGCGACAUCGGCGACCGGGGGAUCGAGCUGGAGGGACCUGGGGAGCGUGUCGAGACCUCUAGCUCUAGCGUGAGGGACCCCACGCCAGGAUGCCUGGGGAGCAGAUGGACCCUACUGGAAGUCAGUUGGAUUCGGAUUUCUCUCAGCAAGAUACUCCUUGCCUGAUAAUUGAAGAUUCUCAGCCUGAAAGCCAGGUUCUAGAAGAUGAUUCUGGUUCUCACUUCAGUGUGCUUUCCCGACACCUUCCGAAUCUACAGCUGCACAGAGAAAACCCUGUAUUGGAUGCUGUGUCCAAUCCUGAACAGACAACUGAACAGGGAGACCGGAAUAGUGGGUUCAGUGAACAUUUGAAGGAAAACAAGGCUGCAGACCCUAUGGAUUCUUCUCAUUUGGAUACAUGUAGUUCCAUCAGUCAGGUCAUUGACCGGUUACCUCAGCCAAACAGGACAAGCAGUGUCCUGGGAAUGUCCCUGGGAUCUGUUCCUGUUGCGGGGGAAGAGAAGGAAGAGUCAGCAGAGCAGGAGCAAGAGGGAGUGGAAGAAGACACUUCAGAGGAUACCACACACUCCCUGGGUGCUGAAGAUCCUGCCUCAUCACAGCUGGGCUUUGGGGUCCUAGAACUCUCUCAGAGUCAGGAUGUUGAAGAACAUAUUGUGCCAUAUGAAGUAGACAAAGAACACCUACAGUUAAUAACCACCACCUCUGGUUAUACCAGGGUGUCCGAUGUGGAUGCAGAUACUGCAGUUAAGCAUGAAGAACAGUGCAGUGAAGAUGUCCCUGUGACACCACAGCCAAGUAAAGCUGUGCGUGUGGUAGAAGAGCCAAGCCCAGCACUGGGAAGGUCAGAAGACCUGCCUUCUGGUUCCAAAGUGUCUCAUGCUGCUAUGGAAACAAAAGAACAGACAUCUGUUCAAGAACUUCUGGAAGGUGAAUUACAGAUUCAGAAAUCACCAGAGCCUGAGGUUUUGUCAACUCAGGAAGACUUGUUUGACCAGAGCAAUAAAACAGUAGCUUCUGAUGGUUGCUGUACUCCUUCAAAGGAGGAAGGUGGAUGUUCUCUGACUUCCACACCUGCUACCACUCUGCAUGUCCUGCAGCUCUCUGGCCAGAGAUCCCUUGUGCAGGAGAGUCUGUCCACGAAUUCCUCAGAUCUUGUUGCUCCUUCCCCUGAUGCUUUCCGAUCUACCCCUUUUAUCGUUCCUAGCAGUCCCACAGAGCAAGAAGGGAGAAAAGAUGAGCCAGUGGAUAUGUCAGUCCUGUCUGAGGGAGUGGGGGAGCCUUUUCAGAAGAGACUCCAAGUCAGCGAUCCAGUGCAGGUAGAAAACACGCCGCUUCCACCUGCGGGUGCCGUGUCCCCGCAAGCCUUGACGCCCGUUUCUCAGAGCACCCCAGUGCUUACCCCUGGCUCCCUUCCUGUCCCAUCGCAGCCUGAAUUCUCACAUGACAUUUUCAUUCCAUCACCAAGUUUGGAAGAACAGUCAAAUGAUGGGAAGAAAGGUGGAGACUUGCAUGAUUCAUCUUUGACUGUUGAGUGUUCUAAAACUUCAGAGAUUGAACCAAAGAAUUCCAGGGAGGAUCUUGGACUCUCUUUGACAGGGGAUUCUUGCAAGUUGAUUCUUUCUACAAGUGAGUACAGUCAGUCCUCAAAGAUGGAGAGCUUGAGUUCUCACAGGAUUGAUGAAGAUGGAGAAGAUUCCCAGGUUGAGGAUACUGAACCCUUGUCUCCAGUUCUCAGUUCUAAACUUGUUCCUGCAGAAAGUGACAGUAUCCCGAUGAAUCCAGCACCAGAUGGUCAAGUAGAACUGAGCCAGAUUGAUGACAAAACAAAAGGAGAUGACACAGAGAACAGGGAUGACCUCAGUAUUUUAGCCACUGGUUUCAAGGGCACAGAAGAAACUGUAGCAGAAGACAUUUGUAUUGAUCUCACCUGUGACUCAGGGAGUCAGGCAGUUCCUUCUCCAGCUACUCGGACUGAGACCCUUUCUAGUGUCUUAGAUCAGGAGGAAGCUAUGGAAGUUACAGAGCACCAUCCAGAGGAGGGAUCUUCAGGGAGUGAGGUAGAAGAAAUCCCGGAGACUCCUUGUGAGAGUCAUGGAGAGGAGCCUAAAGAAGAGACUAUAGAGAGUGUCCCGUUUCACCUUUCUUUGACUGAAACUCAGUCCCAAGUGUUGUGUCUUCAAAAGGAAAUCCACAAACGAGAAUGCCCAGAAGCUAUGGAAGUUGAAACCAGUGUGAUUAGUAUUGAUUCCCCCCAGAAACUGCCCGUACUUGACCAAGAAUUAGAACACAAGGAUCAGGAAGCUUGGGAGGAAGCUACUUCAGAGGAUUCAAGUGUUGUCAUUGUAGAUGUGAAGGAACCGUCUCCCAGAGUUGACGUUUCUUACGAACCUUUCGAGGGAGUGGAGAAAUGCUCAGAUUCCCAGUCCUGGGAGGAUGUUGCUCCAGAAAUAGAACCAUGUGCUGAGAAUAGACUAGAACCCCAGGAAGAGAAGAAUAUAGAAUAUGAUGGAGAUCGGAAAUCAGUGACUACAGAAAAGGAACCUGUAGGGGAAGACUCUGCACAGCCUCCCUUGCCGUUAGUGAGAGAUGAUGAGCCUCCCAGGCCUGACCGGGAGAUGCAGCAGCCCCAGCUUCAAGAGCAAACAGACAGUUCAUUAGCAGAAGACUCCAGAAUGGCUAAUGCAAAGCAGCUGGGCCCAGGCAGAGAGGCAGGGCAGCUGGAGAAGGCCCCUGCUCAUGCCUCGCAGAGCUUCUGUGAAAGUUCUAGUGAAACCCCAUUUCAUUUCACUUUGCCUAAAGAAGGUGAUAUAAUCCCACCAUUGACUGGCGCAACCCCACCUCUUAUUGGGCACCUAAAAUUGGAGCCCAAGAGACAUAGUACUCCUAUUGUGCUGGGAGGUAACAGUCAUGCCGCCUGGAGUCUCCUGCUACCUAAGCCUGAUGCUGGCAGAUGUGGGUUGGCUGAGGGCUCAUGCAGCAUCCUUUGUCCAGAUGCAGAAGUGGAUCUGAAUCCUGUUGCUCCUCUAAGACCAGGCAUUAGCAACUAUCCAGAAAGCACCAUAGCAACCAGUGUUGUCAUGUCUGAAAGCAUGGUAGAAACCAACGAUGCCAUACAUGGGAGUGAAAAAGGGGAUUCUGGGGCUGCCCCAGAAGUGGAUGAGAAACUGUGUCUAAGAAUGAAAUUGGUCAGCCCUGAAACAGAGGCCAGUGAAGAGUCUUUGCAAUUUAGCCUGGAAAGUGAGGAGACUGAGACUCAAAGUGACAACAUAGUUUACACUCAGGUUGGACUCCUGAGUGUGGGGCCAGAGCCUGCAACCGGGGAGAGAAAUGGUUCUACUGCUGUUGCCGAGGCUGUUGCCAGUCCCCAGAAGACUGUGUCUGUGUUUAGCUGUAUCUGUGAAGUCCGACAAGAAGAGAUGGCUCAAGGUGAGGAUCUCCCCUCUGCCUCCGUCAGAGGGAACUUGCUUCAUUAUCCAAGUACUCAAGAAGAAGAGAAGAAAGCAAAAUUAGAGGGUGACCACAGGAUCAGGCAGAGUGAACAACCCGUGAAGACAGUUAGUCUUCUCGAGGACCCCGAGUCUCCUGCCUCCCAGCAGACAGUCUCACAGGGCCUGUCCAGCCCACGAGGAGAAGUGACAGAGACAGACACGCAGGAAGGCCAGCAAGAAGAACGGGAUGCCCAUCAGGAAGAGCCCAGUAAGGCCACGAUUGAAAGGCCCACCCAAAACAACAUUGGAAUCCAGACCCUGGAGCAUUCCCUCUGGGUCCCAGAAACUAUUUCUGCAGCAACCCAGACUGUCAAGAAUGUAUGUGAGCAGGGCACCAGCACAGUAGACCAGAGCUCGGGGAAGCAAGAUGCCAUGGUGCAGACUGAAAGGGCCAGUGAUGAGAAGCCUGUUGGUGCCCCUGGGGAUGACACAGAGUCACUCCACAGCCAGGGAGAGGAGGAGUUUGAUAUGCCUCAGCCUCCACAGGGCCACGUCUUGCAUCGCCACACGAGAACAAUCCGUGAGGUCCGCACACUUGUCACCCGUGUCAUAACAGACGUGUACUACGUGGACGGCACAGAAGUGGAGCGGAAAGUCACUGAGGAGACUGAAGAGCCAAUUGUGGAGUGUCAGGAGUGUGAGACUGAAGUGUCCCCUUCACGGACGGGGGGCUCCUCAGGUGAUCUGGGGGACGUCAGCUCCUUCUCUUCCAAGGCAUCCAGCUUGCACCGCACGUCAAGUGGGACGAGCCUCUCGGCCUUGCACAGCAGUGGCAGCUCAGGGCGAGGAGCCGGGCCACUCAAAGGGAAAAGCAGCGGGACAGAACCCACAGAUUUCGCUUUACCCAGCACCCGAGGAGGCCCAGGAAAACUGAGUCCUAGGAAAGGAAUCAGUCAGACAGGGGCACCACUGUGUGAGGAGGAUGGCGAUCCAGGCCUUGGCGUCAGACAGGGCGGGAAGGCUCCAGGCACACCUCGAGGGCGCGGGCGAAGGGGCCGUCCGCCUUCUCGGACUACUGGAACCAGAGAAGCAGUUGUACCUGGCCCAUUGGGCAUAGAAGACAUUUCACCCAGCGUGUCACCAGAUGACAAGUCCUUUGCCCGAAUUUUGCCCCGCAUACCAGACACUACUAGAAGAGCAGAUGUGGGUGCUGGUGCUGUGCAUCGUAGCGACUCUCCAGAGAUACCUUUCCAGGCUGCUGCUGGCUCGGACGGCUUAGAUGCCUCCUCUCCAGGGAACAGCUUUGUAGGGCUCCGUGUUGUAGCCAAAUGGUCAUCCAAUGGUUAUUUUUACUCUGGGAAAAUCACACGAGAUGUGGGAGCUGGGAAGUACAAAUUGCUUUUUGACGAUGGGUAUGAGUGUGACGUGCUGGGCAAAGACAUUCUCCUGUGCGACCCCAUCCCUCUGGACACUGAGGUGACUGCGCUCUCGGAGGACGAGUAUUUCAGUGCAGGAGUGGUGAAAGGGCAUAGGAAGGAGUCUGGGGAGCUAUACUACAGCAUUGAGAAGGAAGGCCAAAGGAAGUGGUACAAACGAAUGGCGGUCAUCCUGUCUUUGGAGCAAGGAAACAGACUGAGAGAGCAGUAUGGGCUUGGUCCAUACGAGGCGGUGACGCCUCUCACAAAGGCGGCAGACAUCAGCUUAGACAAUUUGGUGGAAGGUAAGCGGAAGCGGCGCAGUAACGUCAGCUCCCCAGCCACUCCUACUGCCUCCAGCAGCAGCAGCACGACGCCCACCCGGAAGAUCAUGGAAAGUCCUCGGGCCUCUGUGGGAGUUCCCUCAGGCAAAAGAAAACUGAUCACCUCCGAAGAGGACCGGUCCCCUGCCAAGAGAGGGCGAAAGUCUGCCCCUGUGAAGCCUGGUGCGGUUGGGGCAGGAGAAUUUGUGAGCCCCUGUGAGAGCGGAGACAACACAGCUGACCCCUCUGUCCUGGAAGAGCAGAGGGGGCCUUUGCCUCUCAACAAGACUUUGUUUCUGGGUUAUGCCUUUCUCCUCACCAUGGCCACAACAAGCGACAAGUUGGCCAGCCGCUCCAAACUACCAGAUCUCCCUACUGGAAGCAGUGAGGAAGAGGAAGCUUCAGCCUCAUCUGUACCUUCUCCUUCACCCUCAAGACCAGAAGUCACGGUGCUCAGUGUCCUGAGGUCCUUCAAGACCAGCAAAGAAUUUUUAGAAAUUCCUCCUUUCAACAAGCAGUACACGGAAUCCCAGCUUCGAGCAGGAGCUGGCUAUAUCCUUGAAGAUUUCAAUGAAGCCCAGUGUAACACGGCCUACCAGUGUCUCCUAAUUGCUGAUCAGCAUUGUCGAACCCGGAAGUACUUCCUGUGCCUUGCCAGUGGGAUUCCUUGUGUGUCUCAUGUCUGGGUCCAUGACAGUUGCCAUGCUAACCAGCUCCAAAACUACCGUAAUUAUCUAUUGCCAGCUGGAUACAGCCUUGAGGAGCAGAGAAUUCUGGAUUGGCAACCCCGGGAAAACCCUUUUCAGAAUCUGAAGGUGCUCUUAGUGUCAGAUCAGCAGCAGAACUUCCUGGAGCUCUGGUCUGAGAUCCUCAUGACCGGAGGCGCAGCCUCUGUGAAGCAGCACCAUUCGAGUGCCCAUAACAAAGAUAUUGCUCUAGGGGUGUUUGACGUGGUAGUGACAGACCCCUCGUGCCCAGCCUCCGUGCUGAAGUGUGCUGAAGCACUGCAGCUGCCUGUGGUGUCACAAGAGUGGGUAAUCCAGUGCCUCAUUGUUGGCGAGAGAAUUGGAUUCAAGCAGCAUCCAAAAUACAAACACAAUUAUGUUUCUCACUAAAGAUAUUUGGUCUUUCUGGUUUUAUUCCCUACUAUUGUGGAGAUUGUGUUUUAACCAGGUUUUAAAUGUGUCUUGUGUGUAACUGGAUUCUUUGCAUGGAUCUUGUAUAUAGUUUUAUUUGCUGGACUUUUAUGAUAAAAUAAAUGUUGAAUCUCUUUGGUUGUA